AUGGAGAAAUUCUCCCAGUUCCGAGAUCGAGGCUCGGGCAUUGCGCCCUUCCUCCCCAUUCCAUCCGAGUCAUUAGGCUUACAGGCCCCUCUUCGAAUCUUCCUUUUCUGCUUCCGUCUGCCUUUCUUCGUUUUUGUCACAUUCGCGUAUUUUGUUGUUCUCCAAUGGCUUCCCAUUGGGUCCCUGGGCAAAAAGGCCGCACUAUGGUGCAUCUUAGGUGUUCCCAGCAUCUGGUGGAUUGACUUACAAGUGGACGGAGUCAAGAAAGGAUCCCUCUCAAAGCAACAGCAAGCUCGCCUCCCACAACCCAGCUCCAUUAUUGCUUCAUCCUUCACCUCCCCCAUCGACGCCGUUUACCUAGCCGCAAUUUUCGACCCUGUCUUCACUGCCGCGUACCCAAAUACCCGACAAGUCGAACGUAUUUCUCUCCUACAAGCUGUUCUCCGCGCCUUCGCACAGCCCAAAACGCAACCAGAACCUGAUACCAAACUCGUGGACGUAGCCACUCUCGUCGCGAAAUACCCCAACAGACCCAUCGUCAUCUUCCCCGAGUGCACUACAACCAAUGGCCGUGGUAUCCUUCCGCUGAGCCAUGCUCUCCUCGGCGUCCCACCAAAGACUAAAGUCUUCCCCGUUAGUCUGCGCUACACACCCGCGGACGUGGUGACCCCACUCCCGGGCAGCUAUAUCAGUUUCCUUUGGACGUUGCUUAGCAAGCCGACGCAUUGUAUCCGUGUGCGAAUUGCGGAGUAUGUUACGAACUCACAGGCGAUUGAUGCUCUUCCUGCGCGGUCUAACCGGCAGUCAACUUAUAACUCGAAUUAUUUGGAUACGCUUGAUGAUGAAGCUGAGGGUGGGGUGACUGCGGGCGAGAAGGCUUUCCUUGAUCUUGUUGGGGAGUCGCUAGCGAGAUUGGGACGUGUUAAGAGGGUUGGAUUGGGAGUUAAGGAGAAGAAGGAAUUUAUGGUGAAGUGGAGUAAGACUCGGAGGACUUGGUGA